AUGACACAACCGUACGCGGGGUUCGAUAAUCCCUCCUUCGGUAGCAAUACUGAUGGGGUUGUUAUGAAAAAUGCUACAUCAACGGGGCCAAGUGUUAAUAUUCCAGACAACAUCGAGAAAAAAGGCAUCACAAAAUGUUGUUCUGUGAGGGAAAUUGUGAUGCUCGUAAUAACAUUAGUAGCGUUCGUCGCAGCAAUUGUUUUAGCCAUCGUUGCGGCUGGAGUUCAGGUUCCAGGAUUAACACCCGUUCCUAGCAAUCAAACAGGGGGUGGUACCGGGGAGGGAGGUGGUAGCACUACAGAUGAUUAUUGCCUUACUCCCGGUUGUUUAGAAUCAGCUUCCUAUGGACUACUCAAUAUGGACAAGACAUCUAAUCCCUGCACCAACUUCUACAACUACGCAUGCGGACGAUGGACCGAUUUCAACAAGAUUUCACCCACACAAUCCGAAGAAACCGUCUACAGUGAAAUGUAUGACAGGAACAUGGAUAAAAUUAAACGAGUGCUUGCUGCAGACACCCAGAGAGAUGUACUAUGGGGCACUGAACGAAAACUGAAAGUCAUCUUAGAGUCUUGUCAGAACGAUUUCCAGAAAGAGGUCGUGAAGGCCCAGCCGCUUUUGGGGGUGAUGGACUUUAUUGGGGGUUGGGAUGUCUUCGGCACAUUGGACAUAAAGAACUGGGAUUGGGAGAAACACUUGAAGGAGGUUCAUAUUGAUUAUUGGACAGAUGUCAUGUUCAACUUUAGAGUCGGCACGGAUUGGUAUGACACUAACAAACGCGUUAUCGAGGUUGAUCUCGGCGGUCUUGGCAUGUCCUACUGGCAUUACACCAACCCAGACUCUGAAAGGAUAAGGACCGCUUACAUGACGUACAUGAGAACCGUGGCCGGUUACCUCGUCAGAGAUUCCAACACAACGCUGGACUUCGCCACCCAGGAGACCAGGGUCAACAGAUUCGUCAGAGAUGUCAUGGAAGUGGAGGGCAAAUUGGCCAAUAUCACUGCAAGGACACUGCCAACACAAAACCCACACGACGUUGAGGAGCGAGUCACCAUUAACCAAAUGAAAAGCAUGUAUCCAGGGAUUGAUUGGGUGGAAUUCUUUAUGUAUAUGUUCCGAGACUCCGGCGUUGACGGUAACACCCCUAUUGUCAUAUUGGAGAAGGACUAUAUUAACCAGAUGGCCAUGUAUAUUGCAGGAUUGGGCGAAAACAAAGCAAGGAUGAUGAACAACUACAUGACAUGGCGACUGGCCCAGAACUUUGCCCAGCACCUCUCCUGGGACUACGUUCACGCAAACCGGGAGUUCUAUGUCGCCCAGACCGGCAAUACGGAGUUCCUCGGCACCUGGCAGUUUUGCUUCGACAUCCUAGCUGAAAAGAUGGACCUCGCUCUUGGAUCUCUUUUCGUUCAGGACCACUUUGCUGAUGCUUCGAAAUCGGACCUACACGACAUAGUGACCUUAUUAAAAGAUGCCUUGUACUUUCGCCUGGACAACCUCAUCUGGAUGGACCAGCAGACUCUUUGGAGAGCCAGAACAAAGCUCCAAGCUUUAGAUGACAAACUGGGAUACGAUGAACUUUUACUGGACCAUGACAGACUUGAUACAUUCUAUGAUGCUUUAAUGGUAAACCCAAGAAGCCAUUUUGGAAAUAUCCUAAAUCUGGGCAAAUUUGAAAAAGUGAAAUGGAACAACCUUCUCUCUGACGGAGAAGACAAGGCAGUUUGGAGAAUAAAGGUGUUUGCUACUGAGGCAAGAUAUGCGCAGUCCUGGAACGAGGUCUUGGUACCCGCUGGUAUUCUUCAGUUCCCCAUCUUCAACAAAAAUAUCCCCAAGUAUCAUAACUAUGGUGCCAUGGGAGGAAACCUUGCUGCUCAAGUGUUACUGGCUGUUGAUGAACUUGGUGGUUGGUACCUGCAGAAUGGUACAGUCUAUGACUGGUGGACUAGUUGGACUGAGACAGAGUACCUCAAGAAGAAGCAAUGUGUUGUGGAUUACUACAACAAACAAACUGCUGGGCCUUAUAAACUAACCAACUCAGACACCCAGGGAGUCACAAUCCCAAUAGAUGGCAGUAAAUAUGCCAGGAAUGCCAUUGCAGAGACUGGUGGAGUAAGGAUAGCAUUGCAGGCAUACAAAAAGUACAUGACUAUGAAUAAAGAGAAGAUGGCGCCAGGUCUGGGGCUCACAAACGAACAAGUCUUCUUUGUUUCCUGGGCUCAGUCCAAGUGUUACAACAGACGUGAUACAUAUUCAUACAACCUAGUUAGUGGCCAGAACUUCGUACCAGAAGACAUCGUUGUUAAUGGAGUUGUGAGUAACCUAAAGGAGUUUGCUGAUACAUUCAAAUGUGCUGCUGGGACGCCAAUGAACCCCCCAGACAAGUGUGUCGUAUUCUAG